AUGAAAAAGAUAAAUGAAGAUGUAGAAGUAAGAGAAGAAGAAAAAGAAGAAAUGAGUAAGGAAAAUGUCGAGGAUCGUACGGUUACUUCGUUGGAGGAAUCAGAAAAACGUUAUUAUCAGUGUAACAUAUGUACUAAACGUUUCAAAUUGAAAAAUCUCUUCGAAGGACAUUUAGUUGCACAUAGUGAUGCUAGGCCUUAUCAGUGUGAUGUUUGUGGUAAAUCCUUUAAAAGAACUAACACUUUAGCGGUACAUAAAAGAAUACAUACGCGUGAAAGAAAUUAUGUUUGUGACGUUUGUGGUCGAGCUUUCGUCCAAGCCUCACAAUUGGCGACUCAUCAGAGACGACACUUCGAGAGGUAUACAAGAUAUUGUGAAAUAUGUAACAAGGGUUUCUUCACUAAUGCUGAAUUACAUGGUCAUAUGAACGUGAGGCAUGGUGCGAAGGAACACGUGUGCCAUUCCUGUGGCAAAUCCUUUCCCAAUAAUCAUACGUUGGUACGGCAUACGAAGGUACACGAUCCUAAUUUCAAGCCGGUUAAACAUCAGUGCGAAUUUUGUGGCAAGAUAUUUGCUUAUAAAAACUCUUUGGUCGUACACGUUAAGUCACAUACCGGGGAAAACAAAUACGAUUGUCAUCUUUGUGGUAAAUCAGUUUCAUCGAAGGGUUCACUUCAAGAUCAUCUUCGACUUCAUGGUGGUGAGAAAUUACUCGUUUGCGAUGUCUGCGGCAAAGCUUUUCAUAAAAGGACCACUCUCGUCGUUCACAAGAGAACUCAUACCGGAGAGAAGCCAUACUCUUGUGACACCUGUGGCAAAUCUUUCACUCAACAUUCCACCUUGGUUAUUCACAAGAGAUAUCAUACUGGACAGAGGCCCUAUCAGUGUAAUCUCUGCAACAAAUCUUUUGUCUCCAGGGCACUCUUGAAUGCUCACAAUAAGAUACACGUGGUCAACGUUAUGAUUGUUCAACCAACGUAA